GGUUAGUAAGAUACGGUUGUCGAGAUACUCAAUGAGGGUUCAUCGAUGCAUGCUGUAGCUGUUGCGGUUAGGACACAGCUUGGCACGCACUACUCGCCCAAGCUUUCCCUUCAAGUUCACAACCUAGAUUUCUUCCCUUCUGCUGGUCAGAAAGAUCUUCUGUUCUAAAACUUUCCAAAAGCCAAAAGGACCCCCUACAAUACUAUCCCCAGAACACUCUUUCGUACGACAUAUCGCGAUGCGCACGAUCUUCGAUAUGCUGCUACUCCUCUUCGUCACGGCAAUAAUGAUGGUGGUGGCCGUACCUCUUUCCCCUCCUCCCCCCACAUCUGCCAAUGCGGUCAGUACUUCCGCAGGUAUUAGUCACACCUCGACCUCAGAUACUCCCGCUCCCACUUCUGCUGACGCCAGCGUCGCGAGUGCAGUUGCGGCACCAGAGGUUACUCAAGAAGUAACUGCCAAAGUAACACUGAACAGCGAUAAGAAGGUCUACCCAUGGGAGAAUGAUGCCCGAGCCGCCGUUAAAGAGUUGCUGAACUUCGCUUUGGAUGCCACUUUGAAAUAUCUGGAUGGCAGCGACUCCGCUAGUAAUCGUCAUAAAUCAACAUCAACCAAGUUGAAUGUUGAAUGGGCCCAACAUAAGUACGCUGCAGCGCCUCCAGAGUUUAGCUUCACGGUCAAAGUCACGAAUUGGCCCGGGAAGACUGGACCACGCUGGCUUUGGGGUCGGAGGCCCAGCACAUUCCAAGGGACUCUCAGGCUCGUCCCAAGUCAGCGGUGUCCCAGUUGUUAUUUGCGAAAGAAAAAAUAUAACAUCAUUUUUGGGCAACUGAGUGAUGAAUCGAACGCGAGGCUAGUGACCAUUAUGAAUGAUAAGGUUAUUUCUCCCGGCACAGAGAACAACGAUAUACCGCUGCUUACUCUGCCGCCACCUGCUAUCGUCAAGCAGGGAACGGGCAUGGAAAAGGGGGGGCCAAGUAGUCACUCAGGUGUGGGAAGAACAGGCCCAGGACCAAGUUCAAAGUCCUCGCGACCCACAACUCAAAAGAAGGGCGGAGAUUUAGAGACGUUGAAAGAAAGCGAGGAACUCGAAGCUGAAACUGGUAAAGUCAAAGGUAAAGGGAAGGCGAAGGAAUAAUGGUGAUUUGCAUGUAAGACACCGAUAAGUUCAUGAAGUAGAGUUUUACAGAAAUAGACUUGUGUGUAUGUCUACACGGGCGGCUCUAUGUAUGCUGGUUACAUGAUUAUGAAAGGAAAAGGGUCCACUCUUUCGAUUCCUUGCAGUGAACACAACAAUCAACUG